GGCUGAAUGUGGUAACGUUCCACAAUUCCUCCACACAAGUCAUCAUUCUGAAGUUCAACAAAAUCUAAAAUGGAUUACGAGUAUGAUCUUUACCAACCAUUUGAUUUCAACGACACAGAAACUCCGUGUACCAGUUCACAAAACUGUACGCUCUUUGAAAAUUAUGAGAUGUCUGUGAUCAGCUGGCGUCACUGGUUUGCGCUGACCUGCUAUGGAAUCGUCUUCUUAUUGGGUGUCCCUGGGAACAGUCUGGUUGUCUGGGUGACGGCAUUCAGGAUGCCCUCUUCAGUUAAUGCCCAGUGGUUUCUGAAUCUGGCCUUGGCUGACCUGCUGUGCUGUUUAUCCUUGCCCCUGCUCAUGGUACCACUGGCUCAAGAUCAGCACUGGCCCUUUGGUCCAGUGGCCUGCAAGAUAUUAUACAGCAUACUGUACAUGUUCAUGUACUGCAGUGUGCUGAUAUUAACGUGCAUCAGUCUGGACCGCUGGCUCCUAGUGACUCGUCCUGCUUGGUGCCAGAAUUGGAGGCAGCCACGCUUGACUCGCUGGGUCUGUCUGGGUACCUGGGGGCUGGCAUUCAUUGGCACAAUUCCCCAGUUCAUCUCCAUGCAAGAGGAGACAUUUGGGACGAAGAUACAGUGUCAUGGCAUUUACUCAAACCUGCUGCAUGCCUGGGCCAUGGUUGUGAUCCGCUUCCUGCUUGGUUUUCUGAUUCCGUUCCUGAUAAUCACUAUCAGCCAUUGGGUAGUGUACCAAAGGGCACACAAAAAGUCAAAACACAGGCAAAACGAGAGGUCAUCACGGACCGUGCGUGUCAUCCUAGCCAUAGUGAUCACCUUCUUCCUGUGCUGGAUUCCUUUGCAUGUCGUGGACAUUGUUACAGUGAGCUUGCCCAAGGCAGUAGGUCAAACAAGGGUAAACCUUCACCUGGCUAAUGUACUAACUACCUGCCUGGCCUACUUCAACAGCUGUCUGAACCCACUGCUUUAUGUUUGCCUGGGCCGUGGCUUUAGAGAGAGCAUGACCAAGACGUUGAAGAGCGUACUCAACUUUGCUUCUGAAGAUCCGACUCGAGGAAUCAGCGUCACAAUGAACACCAAGAGCACCACGGACACGACCCACUGAGCGAACACAGAUUUUAAUCUCGAGAAAUUUUGAGUAGCUAGUAGAAACACACACCCACAGAUUGUUUUUUUUUUUAACAUCUAAAACCAACCAAGAUCCCAACCUUAUUUGAAAUGUUUGAGCAGUGCAAUCUACAGUGAAAGUGCAACCAUGAACUGAACUACAGUUGAGUGUGUCACACUGACUCCAGUAACUGUUUCAGUAUGUUUGGAAUUUUAUUUCACUUGGCUGGAUCCAUUGAUUUGAGUGUUACUUUUGGUAAUGUCCAGUAAAAUCUUUGUGUAAUUCAUAGUAUCAUGAUAUAUUUUGCCUUCAUGAAGAAAUGAAAACAAAACAAGGCAGAAUUAAUAUGUCAUGAUGUAUAUAUGACAAUUUAGUUCAUUUAACUAGUUUUUCCUUCUCCAUCUACUACUACUACUACUACUAAUAAUAAUAAUAAUAAUAAUAAUAAUAAUAAUAAUAAUAAUAAUAAGCCUAAAAGUUAGAGAAGCGGCUUUGGGACCAAAAGGUCACUGGUUCGAUUCUCUAGACCAGCAGGAAUGGCUGAAGUGCCCUUGAGCAAGGCACCUAAACCCCAACUGCUCCCCAGGCUGCUCUAGGUAUGUUGUAUGUCGCUCUGGAUAAGAGCGUCUGCUAACUGCCUGUAAUGUAAUAUAAAAAAAGAAGAUUUGAAUAUACACUAUGUUGUGAUAUGUUUUCAAAAAAAGGGACCAGAAUUCCAUUAUAUGCUUAAUUGUUGGAUCAUGUUUUAUGAUCACCCUUCAACACUAGCCAUUUAGAUAUUAAUGACAUAAUUGAAAUAAUCCAUCCAUUAUCCAUAACCGCCUAUCCCAGCUGACUAUGGGCGAGAGGCGGGGUACACCCUGGACAAGUCGCCAGAUCAUCACAGGGCUGACACAUAGAGACAAACAACCAUUCACACCUACGAUCAAUUUAGAGCCACCAAUUAGCCUAACCUGCAUGUCUUUGGACUGUGCAGGAAACCGGAGGAAACCCACACAGACACGGGGAAAACAUGCAAACUCCACACAGAAAGGCCCCCGUCGGCCACUGGGCUCGAACCCAGAACCUUCUUGCUAUGAGGCGACAGCGCUAACCACUACACCAUCGUGCCACCAUAAUUGAAAUAAUCUCAUCUCAUCUCAUUAUCUCUAGCCGCUUUAUCCUGUUCUACAGGGUCGCAGGCAAGCUGGAGCCUAUCCCAGCUGACUACGGGCAAAAGGCGGGGUACACCCUGGACAAGUCGCCAGGUCAUCACAGGGCUGACACAUAGACACAGACAACCAUUCACACUCACAUUCACACCUACAGUCAAUUUAGAGUCACCAGUUAACCUAACCUGCAUGUCUUUGGACUGUGGGGGAAACCAGAGCACCCGGAGGAAACCCACGCGGACACGGGGAGAACAUGCAAACUCCACACAGAAAGGCCCCCGCCGGCCACUGGGCUCGAACCCAGAACCUUCUUGCUAUGAGGCGACAGCACUAACCACUACACCACCAUGCCACCAUAAUUGAAAUAUCAUCAUACUUAAAUGAAUAGUCACUCAGUUAUAGUUUAGUUUUACUGUAACAUCACACAAAUUAACACUUUUGCAGCCUCUUGUUCAGUCUUUCCUGCAUAAUUUAUUCAGCUCAAUUCAGUACAUUUAAUCAUAAAGGUUCAGGAAUGUAUAUCUGAGAGCUGAACCUGGCCAAACCUCACCUCUCAGACUGGUUUGAGCUGGAUUUCUUACCCACUUUACUGCUUUAAAUGUGAGAACAUAUUUUACAACAAGUGUUAAAAUUGCAAAACGACAAAUCAGCAUGCAGGAUGUUGAGCAAAUGUUACGGUACAUUUUCACUGUCUUGGAACUUGGCCAUUUCUUCGACCCAGAAACAUCAUCGAAGUUCAAGUUUUAGCUUUAUAAAUGAGUCAAAGCUCCCAGCACACGCAGUGAAAUCACAAAUUUAAAAAAAAUGUUAUUAAGUAGAGGGUUUAAUAUUAUUUCUAGUGCAACUGAUUAUGACAGUUAUAGAUUUAAAAAAAAAGUGCCUUGUGCAGCAGUUUCAUGAAAUGUUGAAAUAAACGUGCGAAAUUGCUCAGCGGUUUGGAAAAUCAGGAGUUCUGUACAAACAACAACGGCUCUUUUUCUUUUUUUUUUUGCAAAAGAGGUGACCCAAGCAGGAGACUAAAACAUACAACAUUUGAUAAUAAUAAUAAUAAUAAUAAUAAUAAUAAUAAUAAUAUUUUUUUUGUGUGUGUUAAUGUACUCUGAGAUUCAAUGAACUCAUAAUUUUAAGGCAACCUGGUUACUCACUUUUUUAAAUUAAAACAACAAAUCUUUUCUUUUUUUAACUAAAACUACUUCAUUCGUGUGUGUGUGUGUGUGUGUGUGUGUGUGUGUGUGUGUGUGUGUGUGUGUGUGUGUGAUCUCAGUAAAUAGACGAGCAUGCAUGUGAGUUUAGUUAAAAAAUAUAAAAUAAGGUCCUUGGACAACUGUAAACGAAUAUAAAAUUCAGUUAUUAGUUAAUGAUCUGGCUUUUUUGUGCUUGAGCUGAUAAGUUAACAACUAAACCACAAACAGAACAUGUUUUUAAAAAAAGAAAAUAUUUUUUUCUUUGUGCGUGUUAAGCAACUUGUCAGUAUUAGAUACAGAUCUGAAUUUUAUAUAGACCUGAAACUUGAAAUGUGGAAGUAAAACUGUUUUAUCAGCCUUUCUGUUCAUCUUAUGGAUAUAAUGUUCCUCAACUGAACAUUUCUUUUGUACAAAUAUUUUUA